AUGUCAAUACAUCUCAUAAUCAUAGGCGCCGGUCUAGCAGGCCUCUCAGCGGCCAUCUCAACCAAAUUAGCAAAUUCAAACCACAAAGUCACCAUCCUCGAAUCCGCAAAGGAAUUAGCAGAAGUUGGGGCAGGCCUCCAACUAACACCCAACGCAACCCGUCUCUUCAAAUCCUGGGGAGUCUAUAACACUCUUCUCCCACUCGCAACAGCCCCAGCAGCUCUUCACGUCCGUAGAUACGAUGGCACCAAGACACUCUCUUCGACACCGGAUUUUCAAUCUCAGAUCCAGGAACGCUACAACGCUCCCUUCUGGGGCAUGCACCGCGUCGACCUCCAACACGCACUCGUAUCCCGCUGCAAAGAGCUCGGCGUAACAAUCAAACUAAACAGUAAAGUCGCAAACGUGAAUUUCGCAACCGCAACCGUAACACUCGAGUCCGGCGAGCAAAUCAAGGGUGAUCUUGUCCUCGCGGCUGAUGGACUCUGGUCGGCUACCCGCUCGCAGUUCCUCGGUCACGAUUCCCCGCCCGUUCAUACAGGCGACCUGGCGUAUCGUAUUGUGAUCAACACAGCUGAUCUCGCUGACCCCGACCUCCGCGCUUUCGUCGAGAAGAAGGAAGUUAAUUUCUGGAUCGGGCCUGAGACGCACGUCGUAGCUUACACGAUGCGCGGUGGCUCCGUCUACAACAUCGUCUUGCUUAGUCCGGAUAACCUCCCUCCAGGCGUCGCGAAAUUGGCAGGCGAUAUCGGGGAGAUGCAAAGGCUGUUCGAGGGCUGGGAUCCACUGCUCAGACGGUUUCUAGGCGAGGUGAAGAAAGUGGAUAAGUGGAAACUCAUGUAUCAUACCCCGUUACCGAGAUGGUGUAGUGAGGAUGGACGGUUCUGGAUGGCGGGUGAUGCGUGUCAUCCUAUGUUACCGUAUCUGGCGCAAGGAGCUAAUAGUUCGUUGGAGGAUGGGGCGGUUGUGGGGGCUUUGCUGAAGGAUGUGGCUUCUGCUGAGGAACUACCACGUGCGGCGAAGAUUUAUGAGGAGUUGAGAAAGGGGAGGGGAGAAAGUAUUCAGAGGGAGACGUUUGGACAGAGGGUUGAUUUUCAUAGGGGUGAUGGGUUGGAGCAGAGGGCUAGGGAUGAGGUUUUCAAGAAGUAUGAGGGGAGAGAAGUUGGGUUGGAUGUUGAGGGGUGGCCUAGUCGGUGGCAGGGCGGUACGGUUCAGAAGUGGUUGUAUGGGUAUGAUGCUUAUGAGGAGGUUGAGAAGGUGCUGAAAGAGAAACAUUCAUAA